AUGAGCUCAAGACUCACCGAAGCGCUCCAGCGCAUCGACGACGCUCACGCCCAAGAUCCCAACAAAGUCACCAUCAACGGCACCGAAACGCCCUACGAGCUGCACUACGCGACCAAGAUGACCAGUUACCUGCACAAGCGCAGCGCCUCGCCCUCGGAGACGCUGCAGCUUGCGAUCCGCGCGCAGCACCUGCGCCGCUGGGAGGUCCCGCGCGACUCAUACCCGGCGACGAAAGCGGGCUACUACGCGUGGCGCAGCUUCCUGGCGAAGCGGCAGGCGGAACUGGUGGAGGCGAUGUGUGUUGCGAGCGGGUAUUCGGCGGCGGAGGCGGGGCGGGUCGCUGCGUUGGUGCGCAAGGAGGAUCUGAAGAAGGAUGAGGAGACGCAGGUGCUGGAGGAUGUGGCGUGUUUGGUGUUUUUGGAUGAUCAGCUCGAGGAGUUUGAGAGGGGGCAUGAUGAGGAGAAGAUCCUGGGGAUCCUGCGCAAGACGUGGGGGAAGAUGUCGGAAGAGGGGCAUGCGUUGGCGUUGAGGAUUGAGAUGUCCGAGAGGGCGAAGGGGUUGGUGGCGAAGGCGUUGAGUGGGUGA